AUGCGGGACCGCGGCCGCCGUUCCCCUUCGUCGCCCGCCUUUGUUCGCCUGGCCCUGCUCCCCCCUCAUUCGGCCGCCGUCGCCCGCCCGGAGCCGGGUGCCAAGAGCAAACGCCGCCUGACGCGAAAAACGAGGCACAUGAGCUUCUCGCCCCCUCCCCCGCGGCGCCGGGGAGGCCGCGCGGACGGCUCACCGGCUCCCGAGGCGGCGGCGGCGGCGGCGGCGGCUGCAGCGUCGACGCCCUGCUCCAGAGGGCGGCCCGGAGCCCCCCGGGAGACGGGCUUCGCUGCCGUUGCACCGCGGAGGGCGGGACCCGCGCGACUAGCGGCGAAGGCGGCGGUGGCGGCGCGCUGA